AUGGCCACCUCUGGCGACCUCGCCACGCAGGUCCUGCUGGCCUUGGACAAGCAGAGCCCCAUUUUGACCGCCGAAGCGUUCCCCGCGCUCGCCUCCCAGGAUGUCAAGGCCGCGCUCGACAGGCUGGGCUCCCGCUCCAUGAUUACCUACAGCACCAUUGAGCGCGAGGAGGCCGUUCUCGAGCCCGAAGCGGAGCAGAUUGCCGAGCACGGCAGCCACGAGGCCCGCGUCUUUGAGGCCCUGCGCAAGGCCAUGGACGGCCUGUCUGUCCAAGAGCUCGAGGCCGCCAUUGGCGACAAGAACGUCACUAAGCUGGGCCAGGGCAAGGCUUUCAGGGAAAAAUGGAUUGCAAAAAACAAAGACGGCAAGCUAGUUGCCACUGCCGACUCUAUUCAAGACGUUACCCAGACACAACUCCAAAAGAUUAAGGAGACCCGAACCGGCGAUGCCAAGACCCUCACCGACCUCAAGAAGCGCAAGCUCAUCAAGAUGCAAAAAAUCAUCAGCUUCAAGGUCGAAAAGGGCGCCAAUUUCGCUCUCGAGAUCCAAAAGGAAGAGACGGACCUAACCUCGGACAUGAUCAUCUCAGGCGCCUGGAAGACGGCCAACUUCAAGCCCUACAACUUCAAGGCCCUCGGCGCUGACCAAAAUGCCGGCGCCUUGCACCCACUCAACAAGGUCCGCCAAGAAUUCCGCCAAAUCUUCUUCGAGAUGGGCUUCGAGGAGAUGCCCGCCAACAAGUUUGUCGAGACGGGUUUCUGGAACUUUGACGCUCUCUUUGUGCCCCAACAGCACCCAGCCCGCGACCUACAGGAUACUUUUUACAUCUCGGACCCCAAGGUUGCCGACAAGCCGCGGCCGCAGGAGGACGGUCAGGACACCGAGGCGUACUGGAACAAUGUCAAGGAGGUGCACCAGGACGGCAAAUAUGGCUCCAUCGGAUACAGAUACCCCUGGGCCGCCGACGAGUCGCUGCGCCUGGUCCUGCGCACCCACACGACGUCCAUCUCGGCCGCGCUCCUCCACAAGCUCGCCUCGCAAAAGGGUCCCGACGGCCGUCCGCCGCCGGCGCGCUACUUUUCCAUUGACCGCGUCUUCCGCAACGAGACGGUCGAUGCCACCCAUCUCGCCGAGUUCCACCAGGUCGAGGGCGUCAUUGCCGACUACGGCUUGACCCUCGGCGGCCUGAUGGAAUUUAUGGAAAUCUUCUUUCGCAAGAUGGGCAUCACCGACCUCAAGUUCAAGCCCGCCUACAACCCCUACACCGAACCCAGCAUGGAGAUUUUUAGCUAUCACAAGGGCCUUGGCAAGCUCGUCGAGAUUGGCAACAGCGGCAUGUUCCGCCCAGAGAUGCUUGAGGCCAUGGGUCUGCCCAAGGACAUGCGCGUCUUUGGUUGGGGUUUGAGCCUGGAGCGUCCGACAAUGAUCAAGUACAAGAUUUCCAACAUUCGCGAGCUGCUUGGUCACAAGGUUGAUCUCAAUUUUAUUGAGAGAAACCCUGCCGUCAGGUUAGACAAGGAGUAG